ACCCCUCUGAAUCCAAGGAUUCUGUCCUCCAUGUCUCGCACUUGUGUUGUUUCUCAUCCAUGGCAUGACUUAGAAAUUGGGCCAGAUGCACCAAAGGUUUUUAAUUGUAUGGUUGAAGUUGGAAGAGGUUGCAAAGUGAAGUAUGAGCUUGAUAAAAGCAGUGGCCUGAUCAAAGUUGAUCGAGUUCUUUACUCAUCUGUUGUUUAUCCACACAAUUAUGGGUUUAUUCCGAGGACAAUUUGUGAAGAUGGUGAUCCCAUGGAUGUUCUGAUACUUAUGCAGGAGCCUGUCCUACCCAGUACCUUUCUUCGUGCCCGUGCAAUUGGAUUAAUGCCUAUGAUUGAUCAGGGCGAAAGAGAUGACAAGGUAAUAGCAGUGUGUGCUGAUGAUCCUGAGUUUCGUCAUUACAAUGAGAUCGGGGAACUCCCUCCACAUCGCCUUGCUGAGAUCCGCAGUUUCUUCGAGGACUACAAAAGGAAUGAGAAAAAAACAGUGCGAGUGGAAGACUUCAAGCCUGCAGAAGAGGCUGUUGCUGCUAUCAAGAAAUCCAUGGAUCUAUAUGCUGCUUACAUUGCUGAAUGCAGAAAGCUUGGGAAAGUGAUUAGCAGACUCUAAUGGGAUUUUUUUGGCUUUGAUGGCAUCCUUGUUUGAACUUUUUUUUUUUUUUUU